AAACGUGCACCACCACACAACGGGAACGCCAGCCAUCAUCACCCUUUACCUCGACUUCAUCGGAGCCGGCGUUAGACACGUGAAGUCUCAAAGCCCUACUGUCUGCAGCACUCCCAUCGCCAUGUCAGACGCGGACAUUGUGACCCAACCGCCCGCCAUCAAUUACGUGGCGGGCUUCUUGCUGGUCGGCGUCGCUUGGGGAUUCACCACCCCCUUCAUCCGGCGGGCAGCCAAAGACCACAAGCCCGCAGCCCAUCCUAUACUCGCCACAGACGAAGUCAAGUCCAGCUGGCUGAAACGAAGGCUGUAUGGUGCAUUUUUCGCUGUGGUUGAUCUUCUCAGAAACCCUCGAUAUGCCAUCCCGCUGCUCAUCAACCUUACCGGCAGCGUGUGGUUUUUCCUGUUGAUCGGCCAGGCCGAGCUGAGCCUGACUGUGCCCAUCGUGAACACGCUUGCGUUCCUGUUCACCGUCCUUGGGGAUUGGUGGGUUGAUCGAAAGGUCAUCAGUCUCGAAACGUGGAUGGGUAUGAUUUUAUCGUUGAGCGGAAUCGGUCUCUGUGUGUACAGUAAAACCGGGCGGUGAUUGAGCCUCUACUUGUUCUAGUAGGGCAACCAUAUUACAGCAGUACUUCUCUCGGCGCAUUUUGUUGUGAUCAUUACACAUGUUCUCAUUUCCGCCACAGGUGUAAC